AUGUCGGAACCGCCACCUUACUCAGAAUUCGAUCCACACCCGCGUCCACACCCUUGCCAGCGACAGCCAAGCCCGUCGCAAGCGCGCCCUUCGCCUGUUGUUCCGGAGUUCAUAUCUGCGGCUCGUGCGUCCAUUCCAGUCGGCCAAGCGUCAAUCCCCGUCAGGCAAGGACAAGUACCUCCCAUACACCCAUCAGGGCACAAUGGUACAGGCAUAGUACGUGAUGUGUGCGAGGACCAAUUGGAACUUCUGCGCCAGUACGACACUAUCUUUGUGAUUGACGAUUCCGCAUCGAUGCAAGUAAAUGAGCAACCAGAUGGAUCUAUCGGCCCUAGUCGAUGGGAAGAAGCAUGCCGAGCCUUGUGUGAUUUUGUACGUCUUGCCUCCAAGUAUGAUGAUGAUGGCAUCGAUGUGCAUUUUAUCAACAAUGACAAGUCGUUACUCCAUUGCCGGGACCCCCGCGACCUAGUGCGUCUGUUCCAUGACGUGGUGCCCUCGGGAGCGACGCCCACAGGAGAACGGCUCGAGAUUCUACUCCUUGACUACCUGGAUGCGAUCGAACAAACAGCUGAGACACGUAGACGAGGCAUGGAGACCAAGUCUGCACCGAAACGACGCAAUGGAUUCAAUUCAUUCAAGUUGGUAACGAUGCACAAGCAUCAACAGCCCUACAAGACUGUAUGUAUGAAUGCACAUGUGCUUGACGCUAACAAGAACGAAAAAGUGGACGAUGCGCUGUCCAAGGUGUACAGGAUUCGAGACAUGGUCGACACGCUCCCAUAUUCAUCACUUCGAUUCGACUCACAGCUUAUUUUAAAGGCACUACUGGGUGGAAUCAACCGACGUCUUGAUCGGCAGGCACCCGCGUCAACAACUGUCUAG